GGAAAUUGAAUCAAUCAGAACACCUUAAAAUUUCAGUUUCAUCACCAUUCUAAAAUUAAUUUAACCUACUUUUUGAACUAUUGCAUGAGUCUUGUGUGUAAAAUCGAAUAUCUUUUCCUUUUGUUCGGAUUAAGUAUGUUUGAGAGUGUUUCAAAUUUUGCUUAGUUGCAGAUGUUCCUUUGGGAAGGCAUUUAACAGCGAUGCCACCGAUUAAUUUUUCCAAACACUCUUACAGAGAAUCAAAUAAUCCGUUAUUCUGCUUAUAUGUCCACUGUGACAGAUCCUUGUUUGGACAUAAUGUCGUACAAGAGAUGCCCCAAAAAUUCCAGGUGUCAUUAGUUUGUCUAUCAACGACGUGAGAUAUGUGAAACUACCGCGCAUCAUCAGAAACAUCCUGGACCUCACAGAGAUAUUUUCUUUCCCUUGUGAUGCACUGUACUAUGUUGUACCUGGCUGACCGUACGAUGAUUAAGUUGGUUCCUGCUGCAGUGUGGUGUAAAUCAAGCGUACUUUUGAACAAGCUUCAUUUGCUGCGGUGCUAUUGGGCAGAAAGCAACUCAAAGGAGACAAACGAUAAACGACUGUUCAUAGUUUGAAUAUUAUCUCGUUCACGUAGCCAGCGGUUUGUUCACCUGUUGGAAUAUAGCAUUCUCGUCAAGAGGGCACAGAUGUACAAAUGGAAAAUGAUCGAUAUCAACACCCCUAAAUAUUAGAGGGACUGCACUUCGUGUUUUUUCAGUGGUUUCAGCCGGGAACUAUUACCGAAUACCAGCUGCAAGGGGAAUAUUCGCCUCCUUACGAAGGAAUAUCAAGAGCAGAUUGUAGGAGAGUACAGGUACCCAUAGACAUCCAGACUAGUGACAUCAAACACUCAACUAGAAAUAAACACUGGGGAAUUGCAUCCGGCUGAUCACACUAGCAAAGGGGCUUAGAAAGCAAGGUUGAGUCCACUUCUUGUUCAGCACGGCAUCAGCCAAUCUACGAAAGGGAUUAUCCCACCGAUGCCGCAUCACCUGUGCUGCUUGGCAGGAAGGGAGGACCCACCGUCUUGGACUGAACUCUGUCAGCAGACAUUCCGUGAAGCAUUUAACUAUUGUCCCAUCCGAGGUCACAGCAUGGGGAUUGGCAUGAGUGAGGAUGAAGUUUUUUCCAUGAAUCCACAAUGCCACAUUGUUGAGGAGGCGCAUUACUCCAAGAUCAUUCCUGGUCUCUAUGUUGGAAAUUUUAGAGAUGCUAAAGAUCAGGAAGCCUUGCAUAAUAACCGCAUCACCCACAUUGUGACUAUUCAUGACCAUGCAAAAGUGCCAUUACCUCAUAUUGAAUACCUGACUUUAAAUUCACCAGAUAAUCCAACAGCAAAUAUAUCUCAGUUUUUCCAUAAGGCUACUGAGUUUAUACACGAGUGCAGAAUACAUGACGGACGAGUGCUCGUUCAUUGCAUUGCAGGGGUUUCAAGGAGCGUGACCAUUGCUGUUGCCUACCUGAUGUCCGUCACUGACCACGGUUGGAGGGACUGCCUGCGGGCCGUCAAGCAGGCCCGGCAAGUGGCCAACCCCAACUUUGGCUUUCAGAGACAACUGCAGAACUUUGAGAAUACUGAGUUAAAGGAGGUCAGAAAGAGGAUUAAGGAGAGAUAUUCCGACACGCUGAGGGAGCAGGACACCUCAGCCAUACAGCAACUCCUGGACAAGUGCAAUCAGAAGCCAGAGUCCAAGGACCCAGAAGAGGAUUUGUAUCCGCUAGCUUAUAAUGCCUACGCAUCGCAGCCCCCCGGAGACAUGCCACCUCUGGACACGUAACUAUCAAGCUGAGGCUUGUGAGCGGAUAAAACUCUGAACACUGGUGCAUUUUGGUUGCUUUGUUUGAAGGCAAUGUUCUGGAAAAAUUAGUCAUUAUUGUAGUGACAGGGUUUGAGGUUUAUAAAAAGUCGGGUCUACUGUCCAGAGCAUUUAUAUUUGUUUAUCAUGAUGCUGGAAAUAGACUGGAGCUGUUCUAAUUCCAAUAAAAGAUUUGCAGUUAUAAGCUAGGAAAUAUUGGUGCAGGGAAUUCAGUGUUUUAAGCAUCUAGGUCUUACCAACUUCAACCGCAUUGAUAACCAGGAUCAUUUACAUUUCAAGAGUUUUGGUAAGCAAUUACUGGAACGACAGUACUCAAAAUCCAUUGUGGGAUGAUGAAGAAGCAGUAAAAAUCUCAACAUUCUGCACAAUUCAUGCAGUUUCUACCAGACUUUUAGGAAAUUGAAUAUGAACAUACUGGUCUCUGAAAGGGUUUCUUCAUUUAAAUCAAAGGGGUUCAUGCAAUGCAGUUAUUUUACUACAACCACUGAAAAUGCACCUUUGUGCUUCAAGUAAACUUUAUUUUCAUUUUUUGGGGGGCUAUUUUGACAAAUUUUUUAGGGGACUUCUUGAUUUUUAUGCUCAUGUAAAUUUUCAUGUUCACAAGCAAACUGUGAUGUCAUCCCAAACCCUGAACCUCAAUGUUGCAUUGAUUUGGGCAUAAAAAAAUGUUUGGAUUUGUUCAUGUUUCACUGUUGUAAAUCUCCAUUUCUUAACCCUAACUGCCCAAGGGUUGCUGGACCUAACCUUCCCCAUUCACACAAAGUUAAACACCCAUAUGGGACU